AUCAUUCCAAAUUUCCAAUCAUUGACGUCAGAAAAUUGAAAAAUAAAAAGGAAGUUCUUUUAUAACUCCAAAUGCAAUGCCAGAUAGUCAAGAGAAUUCUCAUCAGCAAUAUUCUCUCAAGAACUGUUAUAAAUAAUAGUACUAGCUUGCUCUUUUGUGUAGCUGUACAACAAUAAAGCCAGAAAAAGGGGAAAAAAUGGAUUCCCCAACAACAGCUAAAACCUUAAAGUACAAAUCCUCUCAGAAUCCUGCUAUUCUUAGUGUAACAGAAAAUCCUCUUCAGUACAGAGCCUUUGUCCAAAACCAUAUAGUACUAAAAGAUGCAUCUUUUUCCUCUUAUCUCAAACCUGAAGAAAAUAGCCCUGAUGACUCCGAAAUUAACGUGUUUGAUGCGAAAAAAUAUUUUAGUGAAAGCAAUCAUUCCUCUCCAGAAGCUCAAAAAAACUUAGUUGUCGAUCAAUGCGAAUUAGCUUCUGUUCAUCGACAUUCAUCAGUUUCUUCCGUAGAUAAUGGCUACGGAAGAAACUUUCGUGCCAAUUCUUUUCGUGCUACGCCAACAGCUUCAUCUGAAGCUAGUUGGAAUAGCCAAACUGGUCUAUUAUCAAAUCCACCAGGUGCUAUUAAAGUUUCAUUAAGGAGUAUUAAUCCUAACGAGAAAAAAAGAGGUUCAUUUAGUACUCGUAAAUGGUUUUUCUGCAGAAAAUGCCCUUGCACUGGGGAAAAAUCGGUGCAAGUCGAGGAAACUAACUCGGAGCCAAGAACAGAAACUGGCUCUGGAAGCUUUGCUGUCAAACACAACCAUAAGGUAGUACUUGAGAAAGCUACCAACAUGUCUCAGAAAAAUCAGACUGAAGUACAACAAAGAGCAGCAAUUCUGAACUCAAAUAUACAUCCUCAGAGGCCGUCAUCAGAAACUGCCAUAAAUAAAAUUGGAACGAUACAGAGAAGAUCAUCAGAGUCAGAAAGUACAACUGCCUGUCAACAACGCGUGUUGGCAUCAGUAAGGCCAUUUACUGAGACUCCAGGUGGAGGAUUUUCAUUUCCAAUACUGAACAAUUCAACACAAGCGAAAUUAGGAAUCAAACCUCCACCAACAAGGUCAAUUUCUAUUUCCCCAAUAUUGGAAGAUCCGGCCCGAGAUUCACUGGAAGUUUUUCAACCAUCAAGAGAAACAGAUCAGAAUCGACUCAACUUCCCCUUCCCCGGUAGCCCGAUUUCGCGAGUUACCGCAACGGACGACGACGUCGCGAGCGAUGCGAGUUCCGAUCUCUUCGAAAUCGAGAGCUUCUCGACAUCAAUCGCGACGUCGUGUCCGUUAUAUCGUCAGCGUAAUUCACUAGACGAGCCCGGUACGCCGAGCAUUGCAGCUACAGAGUGUUAUGCACCAAGUGAAGUGAGUAUAGAUUGGAGUGUUGCAACAGCCGAAGGUUUCGACCGUGCUAGUGUAACAAACUUCUCCGCCAUCUCUGAGUUCGACAAUGUGUCGAACAUGAGACUUUUUGGCGGCGGCAGUGGAAGUACCACGGCCGCCCCCAGUGGCGGAGAAGGUGGAAAGUGGAAGGGGAGUGGAUUGCUGAGUUGUCGGCACGAAAAGGCGGUAAAUGUGGGGCCGCAGCCGGUUAAAUUCGGGUCGCCCGAGGGGCCACCACAACUGACAUUAAGUACUACGGCAGGGCAUGUGAGUAGUAGGCCAAUGCCUGCCAGAGCUAAUAAGCCACCACUUGCUAGCUCUCAUUCUGCACGAUUGUCGCAUUUGUAGCAUGACAAACAAGUGCCAUUGACACUGCCAUGUUUAUGUGUUUUAUUGCUCCUUCUGUUUAUUCACGUGACACUGUUAUUAUUUGGAGAGUUGAAAGAAACUUUCUUUGAUCGUGAUUUUUUUGAAUAUUUUAAAGUAUUUAUUAUUGUGAUUUAUAGUAUUUUUUUUUUUAAUGUUUUCUUUGUUUUAGUUUAUGUAGCAAUAUUUUUCUUUUAGCAUGUUCGAGAAAGAAUGACAACUUUUUAAAUUAGGAAAUAAUUAAACUUGAACUUCUCUCA